CAGCGUUUGGCAUUUCAGCUUUCUGUUUUACUUUGGAAUGCUCAUAAUCUUGUGAGAGCCUGCUGGUUUUUCCUGCCUUGAGUGUUAUUUUAACUAGCGUUGCUUUACACACUUCCAUAAAGUCCACAAAACGUUGUAAAAUGGUAUCGAAUAAGCGUAGCAAGAACAAGCGUCGAAGGACCAAGAAUGGCAUGGCUAACAACGCCAGCAACCCACAGAAAGAAGCCAAAAUGCCUGAUUCUCCACCAGCAGACAAACCCAGCAACGCCUCAUCACUAUCAAACGGCCUCGACACAAUCCAUGAGAAAUGUGAACCCACCUUCACGGUUUCCACAGAACCAUCGGAGACGACGAGCGAAUCAGGCUCUACACCGUCACCGUCUCCUCCCGUCAAUCCAUUCGCUCCCGCAUUCCAGGCCACUAAUCCUUUCGCUCCUAAAUUCCUGGCCGCCAAUCCAUUCGCUCCCAAAUCAUUCGUCCCGGAACGCGAAGUUGCGCAAGUGCAGCCAGCACCAGUCAGGAGUGAACAAUCUCAGCCUACGAAGUUGCAGGACAAUCAGGCACAACCACAGAACGGUCCCGCAGAGCAGCUGGUGAAUGGGAACACGUCGCCAACCGCUGGCAUGGAGUGGCAUGGACUGGAGAAUGCUUGGAAGUUUUACCAAAUGAACUCGACAACCAAGGGGCUGAGCUAUAGUGAAAGGAUCCGCGAAGUCGGCGUCGUCGACACUGUGGAGGCUUUCUUCUACGCGUUGAAGCGCAUUCCACAACCCAGUGAGACCGCGCACUGGCAGGAUUAUAUGUUCUUCCGUGGAGGCAAAGGACCACAUCUGCAGACGCCAGUGAUUAAGCCGGAAUGGGAGGAUGUCAGGAAUGCACGCGGUGGGAUGUGGAAUUUUGUUUUUCCCCAGUCAGCCCAGUGUUUCAUGAAAGCCCGUGAUGUGGAUGAGAAAUGGAAGGAGCUUCUGAUGGCCAUGAUCGGGGAGCAGUUUGGUCCGUACAACGACAACGUAAACGGCGCCUACUGCUGCAAUCGCAACGGGAACGGCAACGGCGAAUACCGCUUGCAAGUGUGGUUGGGCGUCAACGAUGCGGAGACCGUGAAGGGUGUAGGCGCGAAGCUCGUGGAAAUUAUGGGCUUGACGGAGUCGGAUGGCAUCUGUUUCCAGUACUGUUCGAACACGGCCGGCAAGAACAAACCGCUCUUUGAUCGUCGGGAUAUUUAUCGUGGACUGCCGCCCAAGAAGAUCGUGGCGGCUUGAAGAAUGCCUGGACUCUCCGUUGCAGUGGGUUAUUUCGUGAUAGGGAAACACUUUGGUUGACUCAUUUCCGCGGAAGAUGCUCAGUGCCAGGAUGAAUAAAGCCCGAAUGGAAUGACGCCCUGUGCUAUGAUGGAAGUUCUUUCUUUAUACGCAGCUAAGUUCCGUUCCUUUGGUUUGUUUUCUCAGUUACGAUUGAACCGGGCUUGAGUUUUUGCAUUUAUUGCAUUAUUACCGUCUCAAUCUUACGUUUGACAUUUUGUACUGCUUUUUGUUGCUUCAGUUUCUUGGUCGGCACCUUGGUCGGAUUGUUUUACUCUUUAGUUGUGUUGUUGAAUUGAAUAAACUUUUGCAUUGCGUUGG